GGAAUCUCUCUGUGGCAGCUAAAGUAUUUCCUGCAAUCUCAUUCGUCCCAGUUGAAAGUAUCUCUCUCUUCAUUGGAAAUGGCUGCAAUUUUCCGCUCUCUCCUGAAAACUACUUUUCCAUCCGCAAUCCGUCAAAGUAUCUCCCAGCGACAAAUCUCUACUGGAAGUCGCCUCCUUGCGGCUAAAAUUCAGCAUCCUGCACCGGAUUUCAAGGGCACGGCCGUUGUGAAUGGGGAAUUCAAGGAAAUCUCUCUAAAUGACUACAAGGGGAAGUACCUGGUGCUCUUCUUCUACCCCCUGGACUUUACCUUUGUCUGCCCCACGGAGAUUAUUGCCUUCAGCGAUAGAAUGUCGGAAUUCCAGAAGCUAAAUACGGAAGUUGUGGGUGUUUCCGUUGAUUCGCAUUUCAGUCAUCUCGCAUGGACGAAUCUCGACCGGAAGGCUGGUGGUUUGGGGAAGCUCCACUACCCACUGCUGGCGGAUCUCACAAAGGACAUCUCACGCGACUAUGGGGUUCUCCUGGAACAGGCAGGGAUCUCCCUAAGGGGACUCUUUAUAAUUGAUCCAAAUGGCAUUUUGAGGCAAAUCACCGUCAAUGACCUCCCUGUGGGGCGUUCGGUGGAUGAAACACUGAGGCUCAUCAAGGCAUUCCAGUUUGUUGAGAAGCACGGCGAGGUGUGUCCUGCAAAUUGGAAUCCCGACACAAAUCCUGACACAAUCAAACCCACUGUUACCGCAUCCAAAGAUUAUUUCCAGAAGCACGGAUAGAUUUCAUUGUGGAGGCUUAUCGCGUUGUGACCCCCAGAGGCUGGUAUCAGGUCAAGAAAAUAAAUUUAUUAGACCAGGAAA